AUGCUGAGAUGCUGCACAGUGUGUUGCGGUGUUCAGGACAGUGGAUCUCCCAGAGAGAAGAGCUUCUUGCUGACCUCUCAGUGGUACCCAGAGGUGAUGAUCCAGAUGGACAGAGGAAUAAGGCGCAUAGAGCCAUGGAAGAUCGCAGUCAUUGUUGUGUCGGUGAUAGUAGGCUUAGCCCUUAUCAUUGGCUUGAUUACAUUUCUUUUGUGCCACGAUCAAGACAGAUAUUACAAUGCAUCUUUCCUAAUCACCAAUGUCGACUACAAUUCUCAGUAUGAAAGGCAAACUACAGAUGAGUUCAGGAAUCUAAGUGAAGAUAUUGAAACCAUGAUGUCUGAAGUAUUCAGGGGAUCCUUUCUAAGUAAAAGAUACAUCAGAUCCCAUGUGGUCAGUCUAAGCCCAGAUCCUGUUGGAGUGCUUGCAUCUGUUGUUCUGGUAUUUAAAUUUCCCUCUGCUGACAGUGAAGCAGCGACCUGGGGUCAAGUCAACCGUGUGUUACUCAGAAGGCUGAAAGCAACAUCGACUUACCUGAAUGUUGACCAAUCUACCAUUAGACUCACAGAGUUGAACAAGGAAAAGGGAGAUAACCUUUUAAACAACUGCUGUGGAAUACGAAGACAGGCAUUCUCCUUCACAGGAGUGGAAAGAAUAACUGGGGGGCAGCGUGCACGGGAGGGAGAAUGGCCAUGGCAGGCGAGCAUUCAGCUCGAUGGGACCCAUCGCUGUGGUGCAUCCAUCAUCAGUAACACCUGGCUGGUGACUGCAGCUCACUGCUUUAGAGGAGUAAGAGAUCCUCGGAGGUGGACUGCCAGCUUUGGAAUUCUGCUGAGGCCUCCAAAACAGAAGAAAUUUGUCCGGAGAAUUAUUGUCCACGAGAGAUACGGUGAUAAUCUCCUUGAUCAUGAAUAUGACGUGGCUGUUGUGGAACUUGCCUCUGCUAUUGAGUUCACAAGUGACGUGCACAGUGUCUGCCUUCCUGAAGCAUCUCACAUUUUCCCAGACAACUCUUCCUGUUUUGUCACUGGCUGGGGAGCUUUGGAGAAUGAUGGCUAUAGUGUUAACCAGCUUCGACAAGCAGAAGUGAGAAUUAUAAGUACUGCGGUUUGUAAUAGGAGACAAGUGUAUGGUGGAGCAAUAACACCUGGAAUGUUGUGUGCUGGAUACUUGGAGGGGCAGGUGGAUGCUUGCCAGGGUGACUCUGGUGGGCCACUGGUGCACGCGAAUUCCAGAGGAAUCUGGUAUCUUGUGGGAAUAGUGAGCUGGGGAGAUGAAUGUGGCAAGCCAAAUAAACCUGGAGUAUACACACGAGUGACUUACUAUCGAAAAUGGAUCCACUCCAAAACGGGCAUCUGAAACCUGGAGCAGGUUAAGUUU